AUGCCUCGUAUCACUUACCCUGCCCUUUUGCUUUCCAUCCUUGUCCCCUUGCUGUACAAAUUCUACCAUCGGCGUCUCGCCUUCGCACACAUCUCAGGGCCAGGCGGCGGACACUUCUUGCUGGGUGCGUAUCGAUCGUAUCCCGUGGACCUCGGGUGGAUCCGACGAUACGGCAACGUCGUCAAGUACAGCGCGGCUUUCGGGGAGCAACGCCUCCUCAUCAACGACCCCAAAGCCCUCCACUACAUCAUGCAGACCGCCGGGUACGGCUUCGUGCGCACGGAGGACAAGAAGGAGCCCAUGCGUACGCUCAUCGGCAAGGGAAUUUUAACAGUCGAGGGCGACGAUCACAGACGACAGCGGCGCAUCAUGCUACCCAGCUUCGGCAGCCUCCAGGCCAACUCCUUCGUGCCCUCAUUCGCGGCCAAGGCAGCGCAGGUAUUUUCCAUUUCCACGGUCUUCUUCCACAUCCGACACAACCAAUACCCCAUCACUCAGAUGGCCGACAUGAUCGCCAAAUCAAUGCCCGACGACAAAGGCAUAGUAGUCGACAUCCCCUCGUGGUACGAUCUAUAUCGUCCGCGAUCAUCACUCAUGUUACGAUCAGCGGCCUUCGAUUACCAGCUUAAUGCACUCGAAGACCCGACUAGAAAUAAGCUAGUCAGCGUUUAUUAUAAUCUAUUCACGAAAACUCGACUCACCCCUACAAACCUCGAAAUAUUCCUAGAUGAGGCCUUAGCCCUUGUCCCGAAACCUCUCAUGCGCUGGUGGAAUGAUCACGUACCGGAUGCGCGCAUCGCCUACAUGAGGCGAUGUCGAGAGGCCGCAGAAGAUGUAGCGCGAGAGCUACCGGCUAAGUACGUAGACGCUGCUCGCAGCUCCUUCGUUCGCUCACCUGUGGUACCCUUGACAGUCAGAGCCAACGCGGCCGCGCAGCCGAAGGCCCGCCUGGACGAAGACGAGGUUUAUGCGCAGCUUCUAACUAUCCUCCUCGCGGGUCACGAGACCACCGCCAACGCCCUUUCGUGGGCCUUCUUCGAGCUCGCGCAGCGGCCGGAUAUACAAUCCCGACUGCGUACCGAAAUUCGCGGCGUCCGCGCCUCGAAGGACGACGUCCAUCUCACGGCGGAAGCCAUCCAGGCGAUGCCUUACCUGAAUGCGGUGGUCAAGGAAAUCCUUCGCUUUCACUCGCCUGUAUACAGCACAUCGCGUACUGCCACCAAGGACGACGUGAUCCCUCUGGAGCGUCCACUCUUUGAUCAGCAUGGCCGGCCCAUCUUCGAGAUCGCAGUGCCAAAGGGUCAAUACAUCGCGAUAUCUAUCGCGGCGUAUAGCAGAGAGCGGGCACUGUACGGCGCUGACGCAGACAUUUUCAACCCUGAGCGGUGGUUGCAGGAGGGCUGCGUUAAUAAGCACGCCGGCGGCGGGAUAUACAGUAAUUUACUCACCUUUGGGGGCGGGCACCGAGGAUGCCUCGGCUGGCGCUUCGCGGUCCUAGAGAUGUCCGCGUUCAUCAUCGAGCUCGUCGACAAAUUCAGGUUCAGCGUCUCGCCAGACAUCAUAGCGAGGGUGUAUCGCGGCGCAGCGGGCGUUGCGCUUCCGAUGAUGAAGGGAGAGACAGCGAAGGGAGUGCAGCUCCCGCUGCAUGUGAAGCGAGCGCCGCAGUAG